ACUUUCCGUAUUCUUUUGCUUAAACGUUGUGAAAAUGAAUUUGUUGCGCGCAGAGACAUUGGGGAGGUCGAUAGAAUCCAGAGAAGGCGCUGUUUGGGAAACUUACGAUUUAUCGGAGAGCUUGGAAGACUUGGUCUCAUACCAGAGAGGAUACUACAUGACUGUGUCAGACAGCUUCUUUCAAAAAGGCAAAGGAACAAUGAAGGUGCCAAGAAAAAUGGACAUUCUGAUUCAAUAUUUCCUUUGGAAGCGUCCACCGAAUUUAAACGGAAAGCAGAGGCUGAGGUGCUUGUGGCCAAUAUGGAGUGUCUUUGCCAGUUCCUGACGACGGUUGGCCAAUAUAUGGAUACGCCAAAGGCAAAAAAUUUAAUGGAUCAAUAUUUCCAAAGGCUUUCUCGCAUAUUAGAGCGCGCUACGCCGCCCCUAACUAAUAUAAAGCGCACUGGCGUGGCUGGGCAGCAGCGUAAAAACUCGGUAACCGCUAUUCAGGCGUCAAUUAAAACUCCAGAUACGUCAGAGUUCUUGCCCGCCAGAAUUCGCUUCAUGAUUGAUGACCUAUUGGACCUACGAUCCAACGGCUGGGUCCCUAGAAGAGCGGGUCAGCGCGGCGAUGUCAACAAGCCGCGCUUCUUAUCGGAUAUUCGAAUGGAAGUAGUUAUGGUAAUCUUCUUACUUUUAGAGCUAAACAUAUUUUAUAUGCCCCCUUUCAGUCGGUUGUCAUUUUAUCUGUUUCUUGCUGUCCACGCUAGCUAUUAUAACAAUGUGUCUAUCACUUAA